AUGGAUGCAUGGUUAUUUGUCAUAAUUUUGGAAGUCCUGUUACUACAAAUAAGGAUUUUAGACACCAGUGCUCAACGAAAAUUUCCCGACCAUACUAUCAAAAGCAAAAGAGAAAAGCAACUGCUUGCUAAACUCUCACAAAACCGUGAACUGGUAAGGGAGUUGUUUAUAAAAACUCUUUUAGAAUUAAUAAAUAACGGGGGAUACAGAACGCUACUAAAAGGAGUGGAAACUUUAAGGAAGAAAUCCACUUUAUUGAUAACUUUACAGUCUCGGCACGAAGAAUUAAAAUGUGCUCUAGAGAAAAUUAUUACAGAAUUGGAAAAAUCUCGGGAGGAAUGUUUUCGAGAUCUAAGUGAUAGCGAUCUCAAAAUUGCAAUACUUCGCGAUAGGAUUAAGGAUCGAGUUUACAACGCGCGAAUACAACACAUGUACGCGGACAGGUGGCUGUUAGCCCGGUCUGAGGCACUUGAACUACGACAACAGGAGACCACGUCUGAAUCGGCGCCGAAGAAGGAGGACGAGGAUUGUGUUCAUAAUGAACUGCUCAGGGCAUACGAACUGCAAAUUCAGGAAAGAGAAGAUUUAUUACAAUACUGGAUGUCACGAUACUCUCAAGACAUAGUCAAUAUAGGAUCACGGUUACGAGAAAAAUGUGAGAAAUUACGGAUCACUGUCGCUCGUCGUGUGGAAUUAGAGAAAUUGUUUGCCCUCCAUGAAGGUGAAAUGCGAUCAUGGUUGACAUUUAAAAAAGAACGAGCAGCGCGACUCGCCCGGGAAGAACGCUCGCGCCGGGCCGCCACGCGCGUACAAGCAUGGUGGCGCGGCGUCAUGGUCCGCCGGGCUUUGGGCACGUUCCGUUACUUAAGAAACGUAAAGAAAUCAGCACCCAAAUUAAAGAAAAAAUAAGUUUUUAUACGUCAGGAUUUAUUAUUUUAUAUAAGUAAUUAACGAAUUAUAUAAAUUAAGUAAGCUAACACUUAUAUAGCCGAUAAUAUAC